CGUUGACACACGUGUUGGCGCAGAAGAAGAGGUAUUCUCGCGAGGCUGCAAUCUUCGUGAUUUAAUGUUUUCAAUAUGGCUGCCUCCUCGAGUAGUGCUGCCACUGUUAAACAGAGCGAUCAUUCUUCACCAUCUGAAGAAACAGAGGAGGAGACGGAGUUUUGUCCGGGUUUUAAGGAUGUCGACGCAUUUGUCAAGCACGGUCUGGGAGCGGUGGUCUCCGCCACGAAAGCGUCUGCAGCUCUUCCAGCAGCCGGGGAUGAGUUUGAUCUGUACCGCAGCUUCCCUGCCUUCCAGCAGUUCUGCGCUUCACAGGGAGACCAGCUCUUGCACUGUAUGAGCCAGAUAAUGCAGCAUCAUGGCUGUAGAUCUCACAUGAGAGACAGGAACAGACUGACUGGACUGGAGGACAGGUUCGACCUGGUGGUGGACUCGAACGAUGCCAUCCUUGAGAAAGUGGGCAUUCUCCUGGACGAGGCCUCUGGUGUGAGUCGCACCCAGCAGCCGGUGAUGCCUGCAGGAUAUCAGCCGCCAAAGAUUGUCGUGUCCAGCUGGAAUCGCAGGGGCGGAGAGCGCAGGGAUGAGACCUUUCACCUUCUACAUGCUAAAAACAUUCAGCGGCCACAGCUCAAGUUCAAGGAGAAAGUGGAUAACAGCAACACUCCGUUUGUCUCCAAAAUCUUCAUCAAACCCAAUGCAGUUAAACCUCUGCCAUCAUAUUUUGCCAACAAACACAUUCGUAAGGAGAGACCGGAGGAUUUGGAUGUUCCUGCUGCAUUGGCUGAUUUUAUCCAUCAGCAGAGAACAAAAGAGCAUGUGGACGACAUGUUUUCUCACCCUUAUCAUUAUGAAUUGGAUCAUCUGGUCAUGCCGGAGAGUCUGAAGUGUAAACCUGAAGUCCAGAUGUAUAAACCUCUUUCCGAGUCCACUUGUCAAUUUAUCAACACUUUAGAUGACCUCGUUGCUUUGAAUGAGAAGUUAGCCAAGACGUCGGAGUUCGCCGUGGAUCUGGAGCAUCAUUCCUACAGAAGCUUUCUGGGAAUCACGUGUCUGAUGCAGAUAUCAACACGAGAGGAGGAUUUCAUCAUAGACACGCUGGAACUGCGCAGUGAAAUGUACAUCUUAAACGAGACUUUCACUGACCCUGCCAUUGUGAAGGUGUUUCACGGGGCUGACUCUGACAUCGAGUGGCUACAAAAGGACUUGGGUCUUUAUGUGGUCAACAUGUUCGACACCCAUCAUGCUGCGCGAUGCCUAAACCUCGGCCGAAACUCGCUUGACCAUCUCCUGAAAGUCUACUGCAGUGUCAGCUCUGAUAAACGCUACCAGCUGGCAGACUGGAGGAUACGACCGUUGCCGGAUGAGAUGUUGAAGUACGCUCAGGCUGACACUCACUAUCUGCUGUACGUGUACGAUCGAGUCCGAGCUGACCUGUUUGAUACGGGCAACAGCCAACCCACCCUCAUCCAGCAGGUCUGGGAUAAAAGCAGAGACCUCUCGCUCAAGAAAUAUGUGAAGCCUGUUUUUACGGAGGACUCGUACAUGGAGCUGUACCGCAAGCAGAAGAAGAGCUUCAACACACAGCAGCUGGCGGCCUUCAGACUGCUGUACGCCUGGAGAGAUAAACUGGCACGAGACGAAGAUGAGAGCACUGGAUAUAUCUUACCAAACCACAUGAUGAUUAAGAUCGCUGAGGAGCUUCCAAAGGAGCCUCAGGGCAUCGUCGCGUGCUGUAACCCCACUCCACCACUAGUGCGCCAGCAGAUCAAUGAGCUUCAUCAGCUUAUCAAACAGGCUCGAGAGACGCCUUUACUCAAGGCAGAGGUACUUACUGAAAAGAGGAAAUCGAUGACCCCUAAAAGAAAGCCACAGACGACUUUAUUCGGACCGCAUGACACCUCCCGCUCGUCUGAAAGUGAUUUCCUGGACCUCUCCUCUUUUGAAACUCCAACCAAACCAGGAGUUUUGUUUUCAGAAGAGGAGGAUGAAAGCAUGAACCAAGAGGAAAAAUCCUUGCACGGCCUGAUCGCUUCAGCAAAAAUCACCCUCUUUGCGGAGGAGGCGGCAGCAGCAGCUCCUGUUCAUCUGACUGUGGCACAACAAAAAGCUCACAGCAUCAUGGAGUCGUUUGAGAACCCCUUCAGAAUGUAUUUACCAUCAAAGGACAUUCACAUUUCCAAGAAUGCCAAAUAUGACCCCUCUUCAAAGAUUUAUGAGAUUCAUAACCGCUGGAAAUUACAAAGUAUUGAGCAGCAGCAGAAGGAGGCGCAGGAGAAACAGCAGGCUAAAGAACAGGCCAAGAAAGCUCAAGAGGAACGAAAGAAAGCCAAACUGAGCUACCAGGAGUCGCUGCAAAACGUUCACACUGUCCGGCAGCAAGUAGCAGAAGCAAAGCAGGCUGGACAGAAAAGAGAGAGAGCUGCCAGUGAUGCUGGUGAAGGGAGUCUUAAACCAAAAAUUAAAGUCUCAAAGACUGAAAGUGAGGCUGAUCAGUCGACAAAACCUGCUCAGAAAAAAAAGAAACAGAAAAACGUUCAAGAGCCUGAAGUUCCCGAACAAGAUUUUAAACCUUUUGACUACAGCCAGUCAAAUUUUAAAAUAUUUGAUGGCAAAUCAAAAGAGAGUUCACAGUUUGAUCCGAACAGACAAGCACAUGGACCCAAGCAGAAGAAAAAAGGACAGAAGAAAAACGCUUUGGGAGGCAGGAGCAUGUCUUAUGUCCCCGCCAAAUCUGACAGAGGGUUUCGCCACAACUGGCCCAAGAGAUAGAAGUCUUCAACUGAUGGCUGACCUUCCCCUAUUUUUGUUUUCCUUUUUAAAAGCGUCCUUUAUAACAUUGAUAUGCUUUGCAAUCUGAAUUAUUUGUCACGGUUUCAGUACAGCAUUGAGCUUGUACACAUUAAUUUGUGGUAUUUGAUCUGUCAUUAAAAUGAGAUUUUAAAACAUU